UCAUGGGCCAGAUCAAGAGCAAGUUCUCCUCUAACCCCUCCCAGCGCUCCAGCUUCCUCUCUUUCAACUCCCUCCGUUUCAACACGUCUCAGCGGCCCACUCCGGGCCCCCCAGUCAGCCUUCACGAUCCCAGCUCACCCAGUCGACCAAGCAUCUUCUCCACACUAUUACGGGCCAAUGUUCCCAACCCCAACAAUUUCAUCCCACUGUUCAACGACUGCAUCUCUGCUGCAUCUACCAGAACCCAGGAGUACCUGGUGUUUAAAGACCCAGAGGACAAGUUCCACCCCAGCCCCGAGGUGCUAACUCAGGUCUUCCUCAUGACCUAUAUUUCUGAAAGCAUCAACUACAAUUUGACAGAUACUUUCAACUGCACAUCCAUGACGCCUGAGCAACGCAUCCUCCUGGGGGCUGACUGGGUCUGGGCAGUGCUGGAGAAACCAACCAAGAACCCUCGUAUCCAGAUCGCGGUGCAGGUACUACACCUUCCAGAGAGAGAGGCCGCCAAGGAGGACAGUUAUUCCCCAGAGGCGUGCAGUGAGUCCAUGCACAUGGCACAGAUGGAGUCCAGCCACAGGACCAUGUGUGAGAGAAUGGUGGACUUCUGUGCGUCCAUUGGCAAAGACUGCUACGCUCUUUUCUUGUUCUUCGGGAGGAAAAAUGACAAGGCGAAUAUCUAUGGUGUCCUCAGCAACAACUUCCAGGCCGCCAUCGGGAAAUGUGACAAGAUUGACAGGGGUUUGAUUGAGAACUUCUUUAAAGGGUCGAGGUAUCUCCAUACGCCCACAGGGAUGCUGAGGGCCAUUAUCACCAAGAGGGAAGGAGAACCUCUCACUCUGAUGAUUAAAUUCACCUGAAACAAUGUGGCAUAUAAUACUUCGUGGCCAAAGAUGAGAUACAUAUACUUAAUAAAUAACUUCAUGCAACCAAAAAGAGGAGAAACAACGUCCUACCAACAGAUUAAGUUUGACAUAAGGGGCCUUUUCCAUGGCAAGGAUCCC